AUGCUUCGCCCGCAGCUGUCGAUCGAUGAAUGGGCAGAAGAAUUCAAGAGAGCAACGGUUGGACUAGCGAGCAUGGACAUCCAGACGAUCUCGUACCAAGAGUCUGCUCAGCGGAUGCGCGACCUUCUCAAGACGGGCCUGCUGAGAAACACUGACCUCAACAAGCGUCCUGAUCGCUUCUUCUUGGCUCACCGCCUGCUCGCUCAACACGCCCCGAAGCUUGGACCGGGCUUCUGGAUCCGAUUCACCGUUCACUACAACUUGUGUGCGGGAACUGUUCUUGGAUUGGGCAACGAGGAGCAGAUCAAAGAGUUGGACGAGUGGCAGGAGAAGGGACUGCUCGGCUGCUUCAGCCUCACGGAGAAACUGGCAGGAGUGAACUCAGGGCUGGUUGUCAACACUCAAGCCCACUGGGACUCGAGGACCCAGACCUUCAACUUGACGUCACCGUCGCAUGGCGCCGCUAAGAAUUGGAUCUCGCAAGGUCUGGUGGCGGACAGGACGGUGGUGGUAGCGGAUCUGAUGAUCGAGGGCAAGCCUCACGGCCCUCACGCCUUCGUCGUCAACCUCCGUGACAACGGCCAGGUCCUGCCUGAUCUUGACAAUGCCUCCAUCGCCUUCUCCAACGUGAAGCUCCCCAAGAGCGCGCUGCUCAACCGGUUCGCCGACAUCGAGGGCGACAAGUACGUUCAGAAAGUGGAGGGGAUGCCAGUGUUCCACAUGAUCGGUCAGAGGCUUUUCACCGGACGAGUUGCUGUGGCUCAGGCUGCUCUGGAGUUCCGGAAGAGUCUUUUCGACAUGACAAAGUCCUACGCUGACUCCAAGAAGUGCUGGUCGCCGACGGGCGAGCUCUCGCUGUCAAGCAUCCCGCAGCUGAAAGACAUCUUCAUCGAAAACCGCAAGAGCCUCGACACCCUCGAAGCCUUCGUGGGCAAGUGCGAGAAGCAGCUCUCUGACUGCCUCACCUCCGGCUCCCUGCCUAGCCUGCAGCUGGUUAACGCGAUCGCGGUCGCCAAGGUGAAGGCAGUAGAAGACAGCAUCGACUUCUGCCACAGACUGCAAAACGACGUGGGAAGUUACGCGCUCAUGGCCGGGACAGGAUUCGAGCAGAAAGAUUUCUUGACCUGUUGCAAGUUCGCCGAGGGUGACAGUCGAAUUUUGAUGCAGAAGAUGUCCCGAGACAAGAUCAAGCAAUACGAGAAGAAGCCUCCCACACCCGAGCAGAUUCAGGCGGACGAAGAGGCAAAAGUUGCUGCCAGCUUGCUUGAACGUCUUGCAGCAGACGCCAAGGCAACCGGAAACAAGCAGGAAGCGUGGGACAAGAACUGGAAGCUCGUCUAUGCGCUGGCUGACGUCAUCAUGAACAAGACCAUGGAGUCCUACAUGUCUCGCUCGUAA